CGAGACAACACCACACACAACACAACACAACCCAACGCAACCCACCAUGACAGACAUGCAAGACAAAGCGCAAGACAAGCUCGCCGAAUCGACGCAAGCGCUACCCCAGAGCACAGCAGCCCAGCAAAGCGACAAUGUAGCACACGCGCUCGCCGGCGCAGGAGGAGGUCUGCUAUCCAUGGCGGUGACCUACCCGCUCAUCACGCUCUCGACCCGCGCCCAGGUCGAAUCCAAGCGCGCGCAGCUCUCGACGCUGGAUGCCGCGCGCCGCAUCGUCAACCGCGAGGGCAUCGCGGGUCUGUACGCGGGCCUCGACAGCGCGCUCUUCGGCAUCAGCGUGACGAAUUUCGUGUACUAUUACUGGUACGAAUGGACGCGCUCCUUCUUCGAAAAAGCCGCCGUAAAAGCCGGCCGCGCCUCAAUGAAGCUAACAACCGUGGAAUCGAUGCUCGCGGGCGCCCUCGCCGGCAGCGCAACCGUGCUAAUCACAAACCCCAUCUGGGUCGUAAACACGCGCAUGACAGCACGUAAAUCGCAGUCCAACGACGCCGUUCUACCGGGCGGCGCGCCCGCCAAGCAGCCCUCAACGCUCAGCACCCUGCUCGCUCUGAUCCGCGACGAGGGCCCCCUGCGCCUGUGGACCGGCGUCAUGCCCGCCCUCGUCCUCGUUAUAAACCCCAUCCUCCAAUACACUGUUUUCGAGCAGAUGAAGCAGUAUCUGGAGAAAAGGCGCCGCGUUACGCCGAAAGAUGCGUUUUACCUCGGUGCGCUGGGUAAGCUGCUCGCGACGAGUAUUACGUAUCCGUAUAUUACUGUGAAGAGCAGGAUGCAUGUUGCGAGCAAGGAUGGGCCGAGGGAUGAUAUGCUGACGACGUUUCGGAGGAUUAUUAGGGAGGAGGGGUAUACGGGGUUGUAUGGUGGUAUUGGACCAAAGGUUACCCAGAGCGUUAUUACGGCUGCGUGUUUGUUUGCGUUCAAGGAUGUGCUGUAUGCGUAUACGGUGCAGGCAAGGAAGAAACUCGCUCGCGCGUAGAGCAAUGCGAGGGAGACACACGCCCCCGUUUAUCUCACGGAGGGGUACAGCACUACAGGAGGAGUGAGGGAG